CUUGGAGUUGUUGCUUUUGUUUAUUAGUCAUGAAAGUGAAAGAUAUUGAUUUUGAAUUCGAGUAGAUUAUUUAUUCUCUCAGUUGUUGCUUUUGUUCUAACUGACUUUCUUGAAAAGAAAACAAAUAAUGAACCAUGUCAACAACAGUUCAAAUGGUUUAACAGCAUGACCGAUCUAACAUCUGACUAGAUCCGAUACCUCUAGGAGCCGUUUACUUACUCGUUUAAUAAACGGUGCUUGUUUAGGAGCCGUCUUACUAAGCAUUGCUUAGUAAAGAAGUGUCUAUUUAGCCUGAGUUUUACUAACCUGUAACACGUUUACUUCAUCAGCCCAAAGAUACCUUAUAUUUUAAAAUUACCUAAAUAACAUUAAAACCUACUCCCUUAUUUUAUUUCAUUUCUACUGCUUUAUCCCUGUUAGAGAAAACAGUCGGCUCCUAUCUCCAUCGAAGAAGCUAAGCCGCUCCCAUCUCCAUCGAAGAAGCUAAGCUGCUCCCAUUUCCAUCAAAGAAGAAACGUGUUGACCAUCUCCAAGCCUCCAAGUAUUACUUUCUUCUUCUUCCAUUUUUCAGUCCGAUUUGAACAAGGACCCUCUAUCCCCUGUUCGAAAUUACACACACAUAUAUAUAAUUACUUUUUUUUAUAAAAUAUAUAUAUAUAUAUAUAUAAUUACUUUAAGAACUUUUUUCCCUUCAAAACUAGCUAUAUGUAGUUAUAUAGAUAUAUCUACGAGCAAAGUAUACAGAUACGAUUGUGGUCAAUGAUUCUUUUAAAUUAGAUGAUUUGUCUGCUUAGGUGUUUGUGUACAUGAAUAAUAUGACAACAUGAACUACUUUUGAGUGCUCUUGUGGUGUGUAAUUUCAAUGUGUGAUGCCAUUUGUUUUUAUCGCAUAUUUGUUCUAACGUAUGUAUCAAAUUGUCAAUGCUUUUGUAUUUUCAAUUCAUUACAAUCUCAAAAUCUGUUUUUUUUAUAGAAUGGAAGAAAGUCAUACAUCAAACAACCAUGUAUUAGGACAAAGUUCUUUAAAUUCAAAACGUUUCUUAAGGAGAAAGUCCUUAAAGUGGUGGUUCAAUGCUCAAACAUGGUUUAUGGCGAUCAUAUUUUGGAUGUUUGUUUCAUUAUCCACAAGGCGAAGGCGAACACGGGGUAUUCGAUAUAUAAUAGAUAAUCAUUCCAAAAGGGAGGGAUAUUUUCAAAGAUUAGUACACGGACCUGAAUCAAAUUGCAUUUCCCAAUCAAGAAUGUGUCGUGCUGCUUUUUUCAAGUUGUGUGAUAUGUUGGUUACAAAAGGUGGGUUGAGACCAACCCGACAUUUGAUAGUAGAAGAACAAGUAGCUAUAUUUCUACUUGUACUAUCCCAUCAUCAAAAAAAUAGAACUUUAAUAAUUGACUUUCAAAGAUCUGGGAGAACAGUAAGCAAAUGUUUUUCUGCUGUAAUACAUGCGGUGUUACAACUUCAUUCUACCUUGUAUGCUAAACCUCAACCAGUUACGAUGGAAUGCGAAGAUGAUCGAUGGAGACCAUUUCAGAAUUGUGUGGGUGCACUGGAUGGAACUUAUAUUGAUGUCCAUGCAUCACCGAAAGAUCAUAAUCGUUUCCGUUCUCGAAAAGGAAGGAUUGCUACAAAUGUCCUUGGUGUGUGCAAUCCACAAAUGCAGUUCAUAUAUGUGUUUCCUGGAUGGGAGGGAUCAGCUGCAGAUGGUAGAGUUUUGCGUGAUGCCCUCACAAGAAGGUUCCGAGUUCCACAAGAUUAUAGUUGCGUGUGCUCUACUACAUAAUUUCAUUCGACGUGAACAUGAUAUUGAUCCAAUGGAGGAUGAUGAAAUAGAAGAAGAGGAAGAUGUAGAUGAAGAAGAUGAAGAUGAACCUUUUGGGGGGGCUAACUUAAUUCCUACCGAAGCAUGGACUACAUUUCGAGAGGAUUUAGCAACAGGCAUGUACAAUGCUUGGAUUUAAUAUAUUAUGUAAGGUGACUUUGGAUUUAUUUUAUCAUGUAAGGUGACAUUGGAUUUAAUCUAUUAUGUAAGGUAACUUUUGAUUUAAUCUAUUAUGUAAGUUAACUUUGGAUUUAAUGUAUUAUGUAAGGUGAUUUGGAUUUGAUCUAUUUCUUGUGAUGAUACUCA